AUGCAUAUGCUAUUAACCCAAUUACCAAAAAUGUUAGGUUUGUUGGCUACUAUAGAUAGUCUACCGGAAGAGGUAAUCAUAGAAAAUGAAAGAGGCAUAUCUGUUUUAGGAUAUCCAUUGUUCUCUUCAAAACUAUUAGUCCCACAAUUGGAUCCGCCUCAAUUUCAGUUAUACAAUAAAUUACAGAAUAAUCUAGUAAGUAUUGUAAUAAACAGACUCAACAUUGUCACUUCAAUCGAGAAAAUAUUCCCGUUGAAUCUCAAUGAAAAUAAUCACAAUUACCACUCAACUGAUAAUUGUAAAUGGUUUGUGCUUAUGGAUUACAAUGGAACAUUAGAUUCUGACGAUCAAGGAUGGUUUUAUUCAUGGAAUUUCAACAAUAAUCGAUGGAAAUCUAAAAAUGGGAUAGUUAGAAGAAGAAUCUGGAUUCGAAUGUCAUCUUCAAAUGAUUAUAUUUGA